GUGAGGGUAAAAAUGGUUAGUGUAAACAUGAAAAGUGGUAAUAUGAAUGUGCUAUUUGUGGCAAUUUCCCAUCUUUUUUCCAAUAUCUUUUCCAAAAAUUGAAACAUAGAUCUUCUGGUGCAGAAGUAUUAUUGAAUUUUUGGUCAAACCACUAGACCUAGGGCUUCCACAUCAAACUGAUUUAUAGUAGAAGAUUUAUCAACAAGCCUGAUUUGGUUCAAUAUUUUUUUGCAGUUUGACAUGGGUUUUAUACUUUAUAACUGUUUUUUAAAUAUUAAUUAUAGAAAAAAGUUUCUUAGCUACACAGACUAUUGGGUAAUAAAUCGGAAACCAUACGAAGUAUUAAAAUGUACCAGUAGCUACACCAACUUAUCAAAAUUAUGUAAAUUUCACCUUUCGGGGUGUAAUCAGAUCUAUUUAAAAUUGUUGGGGUAAAAUCAACAUUAAGAAAACUUAAUCCAACCCAAGGUCAAAAUUGGAUCCAAUACAUUUCAAUACUUCGUAUGGUUUCCGAUAUAUUACCCAAUAGCAGUGUUUUUAAAACCGGACCGGCUAGCGAACCAGAAUUUUUUUGGGUCAUAAAUUAUUGUGGUUCGACCGAUCUGAAUCGGGUUCAAUCGGGUUUACUUAGAUUAAACUAAAUUUAAUCAUCUUUUAUAAAUAAUAUGCAUAUUUUUUUAAAAAAAUAUAUCAUAUCAAAUAAAAUAUUUAAAUAGCCAUAAUGUAUAGAAAAACUUAAAAAUUAAAAUUAAAAUUUAAAAUCAAUAUGAAAAGCACAUUUAAACUUUUUUCACAGAUCUUAUCACUCUAAAUCUUCAUCACCUUUAAAAAAAAUUAUAUACACAUUAGGUAAAAGUUAUAUUUUGAAAUACAAAUUUCAGAAACAUAAAUGUUUCAAUUAUUUAAAUUCUUCAAAACAAGUGAUCAUGAAAUAAAAAUUUAAACAAAGUGAAAAGUAGACAGAAACAACAUCUUGAAUCUUGUAAUUUAUGAGUUGUAGAGACGAUAAAAGAAAAAGACGAGAAACAAUACUUUAUUAAUCUUUGAUAAAUUUUAUUUUUACUUAAAAAAGAAGAAAAAUUAAUUGUUUCAUUAACAAAAUUUUGGCUUAUAUACAAAUCGAGAUUUGGUCAGUUUAUUGUUUCCAGGUUUCCAGGUUUUUUACAUUCGAUAGGAAUUUUUAACUGGUUCGAUUUUAGUUGGGUUUUAUCAUUAACCCAACCCAGAUUAUUUUCGGUUCAUGGUUCGAUCCGGUCUGACCACUGGUUCGGUCUGGGUUUAAAAACGCUGUCCAAUAGUCUGCGUAGCCAGGAAACUUUUUUCCAGUUAAUAUUUACCUAAUCUGGAUAUAUUAUCGGUUCACGGCUUAUCCUGGUUCAACCGUCGGUCUGGUUAAAACACUGGUUUUAGUUAAUUACUUAAAUUAAAUCGAGUAAACAAUGUCUUAUCUACAACCACCUCCAAUUAUUUCAAUCAUAGCUUAGGCCCAGUUCUUUAUUAAAAAAACUGACCUUUUUUUCGACCCACACACAAGUAGUAUAUAAAAAACAAACAUAAAAGCCCACCAGAAAACAACGACACGUGUCCCGUCGCGCUAUCACAGGAGCUCAAAAUAAAAAAGGGUAGUAUCGUAAAUCUCAAGUCAUUUUCAUCCUCUUUUCUCUUCCUCUCCCCCUCCCUCUCUCUCUCUCCGUACAAGAUGAUGGAUGGUGUAACCGCCGGAGACUCAAAAAGCGGCGAUGCUACGACGGCGCCGCCGCUCCGAAAUCCGCAUCCGGCGACGUUGCUUGGCGCGAACGCUUUACCUCCUCCUUUCCUCAGCAAGACGUACGACAUGGUGGAAGAUCCGGCGAGCGACGCGAUCGUCUCGUGGAGCCCGGCGAACAACAGCUUCGUCGUGUGGGACCCGCCGGAGUUUUCUCGCUCCCUUCUCCCCAGAUACUUCAAACACAACAAUUUCUCCAGCUUCGUUCGUCAGUUGAAUACCUAUGGUUUCAGGAAAGUGGAUCCAGAUCGGUGGGAGUUUGCGAACGAAGGUUUCUUAAGAGGUCAAAAGCAUCUCUUGAAGACGAUAAGCCGGAGAAAAUCUACUCACGGACAUGGUAGUAGUAGUGGUAGUAGUAAUACACAAUCUCAUCAGGGUCACAUGGCUUCGUUAUCUUCAUGCGUAGAGGUUGGGAAGUUUGGUCUCGAGGAAGAGGUUGAACAGCUUAAAAGAGACAAGAACGUGCUGAUGCAGGAGCUAGUGAAGUUACGCCAGCAGCAACAAUCAACGGACAGCAAGCUUCAGACGAUGGUGAAGAGUCUUCAGACUAUGGAGCAGAGGCAGCAGCAGAUCAUGUCUUUCCUCGCUAAAGCUGUUCAGAAUCCAACUUUCCUCUCUCAGUUCAUACAGAAGCAGACGGAUAGUAAUAAUAUGCAUGUGACUGAGGCUAGUAAGAAGCGGAGACUCACUGAGGAUGGUACCACUGCUGCUUCUGAUGGACAGAUAGUUAAGUAUCAGCCUAUUAGAAGUGAUUCUAUGAUGUGGAACAUGAUGAACACUGAUGAGAAGUUCCCGUUUUCGCCAAACCGGGACUCUGGAGUCACUUUUCAGGAGGUGUUACUGCCCACAACUUCAGGACAAUCACAAGCAUAUGCACCCAUACCCUCUGCUUCAACUUCCUUAAUGCCAAUGAUUCCUCCCAUGCCACAAGAGAGCAUCAGUGACUCACCUACAGAAAACUACAUGAAUGCAGAGAAGGAUGUUUCAGAGGCAUUCAUCUCUCCUAGCCCCUUCCUUGACGGUGGUUCAGUACCGAAUCAGCUUGAGGGAUUACCUCAAGACCUUGAUAUUGAUGAACUGAUGAGUAACUGUGAUAUCUUUGAAGAGUAUCUGGCACAAAGCCCUGUUUUUGGAGAUGAGACAACGCUAGAGAGUAGCGACGCAAAUGGUGGGCAUGUGGAUAAGCUUAUAGAGGAGUUGGGUCAUCUCACUUCAGAGACAAAGCAACUGUGAAGGAUUAUGUUUUAGUGUCAAAAAUUGUAUAGGCUUUCUCUACUAACUUGAUGCUUGGGACUAAGAGUUUUUAUUUUAUUUUAUUAAGUCUCUUUUGUAUAAAAAAGUUUUAAACUUUGUGCAGAAAUCUUCAUUUAUAUAAUAGAAAGUGAACAGAACUUUGUGGAUAUAUAUAUGAUACUGAUGGAAGCAAUGCUACAGCAACUGAGAUGAUUUUUAA